AUGGCCCCCGCCGCGAUAACCCUGUUUCCGGAGAUUCGCGAUGUCGUGGCCCCCCGGAAAGACACGCUCGGCCUGCCCGAAGCAGCCGUGAAGCGAUUGACCAAGGCAGGCAUCGACCUAUCGCAAGGCUACCCCUACCGCCCAGCGGCGCCCUUGUACUUGGACGACGUGUACAAGAUCCGAUCCGAGCCGUGGGACCACAUCGAGUCCGGCGUGAGAGCCGACAGGUCCAAAAAGGCCCUGUUCUCCGCCGCGUCCAAGGUCACCGACUUCACGGCGUACGUGGGCACGCAGGUCGACGGGCUGCAGCUCAAGGACCUGACGCCGGAGCAAAAGGACGAGUUGGGCUUGUUGAUUGCCGAGCGCGGCGUCGUCGUGUUCCCGAACCAGGACCUGUCGCCUCAGGAACAGCUCAAGCUCGGGGAGUGGUAUGGGAAGAUCGAGAUUCACCCACAAGCUCCUAUCGUGCCGGGACUGCCUGGCGUCACGGUCCUGUGGCCUGACCUGCAGGCCACGGAACGGUCCGUGACAUAUCGAAAUCCCGGUGGCGCCGCUGCGUGGCACACGGACCUCGUUCACGAGCCGCAGCCCGCGAGCGUGACACACUUGCACAACGACGUCGUUCCGACCGUCGGCGGGGACACGCUGUUCGCCAGCGGGUAUGCCGCGUACGAGAAGCUGUCGCCCGCGUUCCGCAAGAUCAUCGACGGCAGAUCGCCGUGUACCGCUCCGGUCAUGCGUACCUGGACCGAAAGAACCCGACCGCGGGACCCAACCCUGUGGGUGAACCGGCAGAUGACGCUGCGCAUCGUGGGACUGGAUCCGGGAGAGAGCGACGCCAUCCUCAACUGCCUGUACCACGUGUACGAGACCAACGUUGACAUCCAGGCCCGUAUCAAAUGGACUGCCGGCACGAGCGUGCUCUGGGAUAACAGAAUCAUGAUCCACAACGCAAGCUGGGACUAUGCAGGAAGAGAGCCGCGCCAUGGCACCCGUGUGACUUCGUUGGGCGAGAAGCCGUACUUUGACCCGGAUGCCCCGACACGAAGACAGGCGCUGGGACAGCUGGGACCCGACGAGUUGGAAGAGGAUGGUCUCGUUGCGUGA